AUGACUUUGGAAAUCAAAAAAAAAGGCACAAGAAUAAAAUCAGGUAUUUACAAGCAUAUUUACAUAAUGUACUGUUCUUUUCACUAUAGAAAACAGAAAACUCAUAGGCAUGAACCAUAUCAUGCUGAUGUCCUUGUGUUUCUCAAAAGGAUUUUCUUAGUUCUGGGCAUGAAGAUGAUUUGGAGAGACCUCAUCCAGAGGAUGAUUUUCAUUUCACUCACAGGACUUGGAGUUUUAGGGAAUACCAUCUUAUUUGAGAGACAUGUAUAUACUUUCACCAUGGAUCCUGAACACAGGAAUAUAGAUAUUAUUCUCAUCCACUUGGCUUUUGUAAACACAAUCAUUAUUUAUUGCAUAGGGGUCAGAAAAAUAGCCACAGUUUUCUAUAUCAGAAACUUCCUAAAUGAUGUUGGUUGCAAAACUGUAAUUUAUCUAGAAAGGGUUGCUCGUGGCCUCUCCAUCUGCACCACCUGUCUGCUCAGUGUGGUCCAGGCUGUCACCAUCAGUCCCAGGACCAGCCUUUGGAGAAAGCUCAAACCACAGACUGCAUGGCAUGUUCUUGCAUUUCUUCUGCUCUUUUGGAUCUUUAAUUCCCUGAUAAGCUCCAACUUGCUCCACUACAUCACAGCAAGCAGUAGAAUGAACAGGUCUGAAGUUGGGAUGUAUAAUGAUUAUUGUUAUAUGCUGCCAUCCAGGCACACAGUUAAGUGGCUUUUCCUCUCUCUCAUGGCUCUUCGUGAUGUCAUUUUUCAGGGUCUCAUGGGCUGGAGCAGUGGGUCUAUGGCUCUCCGUCUGUAUAAACAUUACACACGCGUGCUCUACCUUCACAGCUCCAGGUCUGCACAUAAUUCCAGGCCAGAAAUCAGAGCUACCAAAAGUGUUCUCACUCUCAUGACCUGUUUCCUUUUCUUUUAUUGGGCAGAUUUUAUUUUCUCCUUCUACACAGGUUCCACAGUGACACAUGAUUCCAUAAUAGCAAAUACUAAAGCAUGUUUAGUACUUAGUUAUGCAGCUCUCAGCCCCUUUGUCCUGAUCAUUAGGAAUAUGCAUGUUGCUAAGCCCUGCUGUGUCCCAUGA